AUGUUGCUGUCUGCGAGGCUGGCUGGGCGGGCGGCGGCUAGCAGGUGCUCGCCCGUUGGGUUGAGGUUUGCGACGUCAGGGCCGAGGAGGUUGUUCUUUACAAAGUCGCAAGCUUGGUUGGAGCAAAAGACCAAGGAGGAGCGUGUUGAACCAGCAGCCCUCCAGAAAAAGACGAAUCCUCCUCCCCGCUCGGCCGUCCUCCACGAAGACAUCUACACGAUUCCCAACAUCCUUACGUUUACACGCCUCAUUGCUGCGCCCGCCAUUGGAUAUCUUGUGCUACAUGAUCAACACGCUUGGGCUGUGGGGCUGUUUGCCUACGCUGGAGUUACAGACCUGCUGGAUGGAUGGAUCGCACGGCGGUGGAACAGCAAAACUGUCGUGGGGACUGUUAUUGAUCCCAUGGCGGACAAGACGCUCAUGACGAUAUUGACGGUGUGCCUCGCCAUCAAGGGAGCCCUGCCGAUCUGGGUUGCCACCGUCAUCCUCGGUCGAGACGUGGGACUCGCCAUCUCGGCUAUAUACUACCGCUGGAUCUCACUCCCUCCUCCAAAGACGUUUGCCCGGUACUGGGAUUUCUCUCUCCCUUCGGCUGAGGUGCGUCCUACUACCAUCAGCAAGUACAACACCUUCUUGCAACUCGCUCUCGUUGGAGCCACGACUGCCGCGCCGCUCGUGGGAACAGAUCUGACACCCGCAUUGACGAUAAUGCAAUAUGUCGUUGCUGGUACGACCAUCUGGAGCGGAGCGAGUUACAUUUAUACAAAGGACGCUGUCAAGAUCCUCAACAAGCCCAAGCCCUGA